ACAAUGACCUAAUUGCGUGCAGAACAGUCAGUGCUUCCUUACCGGUCAAUCUUCAUAGGCUAUAUAGUAGAUAUAUUCAAGUAACGCGUUUUUGCCCGUCUUCCGGUUUUUCCAUUAGUGUGCGAGAUUCCAAAACAUAUCCGGAUAACGAAUUUCAAAAGAGAACAAAAAAUUACUUCUAAUUUUAUCACCGAAUCAUGAAGGUAAUUAGAUGGAUUGGCUGUAUAGUUGCACUGUGCGUUUGCCUGUCGGAAGCGAGAUACAAAAUUCGAAGACCAUUACCGCAACCGCCUCCUCAAAUUUACAAAAAAUCAUGGCCAAUUGGAUCGAGAAUUUCAAUGGGAAACACAAUUCACAUAAAUUCCAAUUUCCCUCCUAAAAGAUCACCGCCACCGCCGCCUCCAUAUAAACCUAAUAAUUACAGGAUCAGACGACCUCCUGUUUUCAACGUUGUACCAAACGGAUGGAAGUCUCAUCAGAUUCCGGUAAUUAGCGUUCUGAAUAAUCAUGCAGUACUGCCACAACGACCAUCGAUAAAAGAAUUUCAUUCAUUGAAUAAAGCACCAGAAUACAGUCCCGAAUAUCGGCCAGAAAAUGUUAUAAUUCCAUCCGCCCAUCGUGGUGCCAUUGACGAUGAUAAAGGACCAAUUCACACAAUUCCCGCUCCAAAUUUAAGUCUCGCCGAUAAACCCUACAAUUUAAUCAAAGCAAAGGCAGCUGAAAAAGUACAUGAUGAAUCAAUGCAUCGACAUCACUUUGACACUAAAUACAAUAUCAAUUUUCCAGGGACGAGCGUGACACCACAGAGAACAGCAACAAGUGCAACACCAACGCAACAACAACAGCACCAAUACGAAGUGACAGAAUCAAACGAUAUUAACAUAAAAGACUAUCACACAAUAUCACCGAAUUAUUUCACACCCGAAUUUGAAUCGUCAAGAAUUUCCCCCUCUGUGAUAAAUCCUGAAGUUCAAGCCAAUGAAAUUUACCUGAGUCAUGCUCCAGUUUCCAACACUGGUCUCAUUGGAACGAAUAAUAUCCCCUUUGAACAAGCAAAUAUUCCAAUGCAAACGAAUUUACACAGUUCACUUGCAGUUGGUUUCCCGGGUACAGCAAGUCAAGCAACAUCCGUUGGUGGUCAAUUGCCUGAUCUUCAUGUGGGUCAUCCGGCACCAGUUGGUCCACCAUUGUCAGCGCCGCAAUUAUACGAUUUAUUGAAUUCCCUGCCUCAACAAAUAUCCGAACAAUAUACAAAUGGCCAGCAACCGCAACUUCAACAACAUCUUUUGCAACAACAAUUGGGACAAUUCUUUCAAACCGACGCAAAUGGCGUGACACGUUUCCAACAACCGCAAAUGCAUUCGUUUAAUUAUGACGAGCAGGCGAAUAAAAAUCUUCAGCAGAAUUCACAACAACAACAACAAAUUCUCAUUGGGCAAAAUUAUGGUUCGGGAAAAGUUACAGCUGAUUAUAAUUUAGAACCGGAAUCAGCUGGUACUGGUGAGAAUAAUGGUUUGAGAACAAAUGAGGAGUUGAAUUAUCCACCGGAAGUCUCGGAGCAACAGGAGAAUAAUAUCGAAUUUGAACAGACGACUAAUCAAAAGGGACAGGCAACGCAUUUUCAAAAGGUAAAAAGUCCCGGCAGUCUAUCCACUCAAUUCUACACAACACUUCCUAAUCGAGAGGCUGCAGAAAAACUUGCCGCUCUCGCUGCAGCCGGCAAUGUCAAUAGUCAUCUAAUAGAUCAAUUAAAAAAGCAACAAGAAAUCCAACAAGACGAAGCUCUACCCGAAAAUCAUAAAGACGAUGAUGAUUUUCAAAAAGCAAUUCAACAACAACAACAACAACAACAACAACAGCAGCAACAACAGGUAGAAGAGGAGAUUAAUCAAAAACAACGUUUCAGUGAAAAACGAAAGCAAAUCUACCAACAGCAGAGGUUUAGGGAACAACAAAUAAAAAAGGAGAAGGAAAAUGAGCAAUACGAACAGAGAUACAGACAGCAGCAGCGUUACAAAAAACAACGACAAAACAAUAAUCAACAGGAAAAUGAGAGUAAUAAACAUUCACUGAGAAUAUUUGUUCCCGAUGCUGAUAGUCAAAAGGAAAACAAGGAGCAAUUGGACUCGGUAAAAGAGACAUUUAGCGAAGAAUAUGAAUACGAAAAUGAUGAACCAGAGAGUACGGAAAAUAAUUCCAGUCAAACUAAUAAUGACGACGUUUCCUAUGGUCAAACCGGAAAAUCUGAAUUUGGUUCACGAUUAAAGAAAAAUGGCAAAUAAUUUCCUAAGAUUCUCAACAUUCAUUAAUUGUAAAUACAGUUCAUAAGGUUACUUUACUAUUUAAAGCAUAUAUUUAAUAAGAUAAAAAAUAUUAUAUUAUCAGAGAAAUUAGCGCCUAAUCUUCGCUAAAAUUCUAUAACAAAAUAUUCUUAAACUUAGCAGAAUUUAUCUUCUUUUUUAUAAUAAUCGAAUUCGAU